UCUUGCGAUACCAGCGCCACACUAGGAACUAUGUGUGCCCAACACGAAUAAACUGUUAAAUGAAUGUUUCUUUUUACAAUAAAAAUGAACACACUAAUGAACUCUUAAAUACUUUAUGAACAAGAAUAAUAGAACUUUAUUUAAUUAUAACUCAAGAUUAUUAUUAUAAACGUCGAUGACGCGUACCACAGCAAAACGCCUCUUAAUCGUGACCGUACGACAUAUUUGCAAAUCCGAAAUUCAUUUGUUCUUUGCAAACGAUCUUGCGUCCGAUCUUGCAGCGCUGCACACACACACACACACACACAUACUCUCGCGUAGUACACAAAAUUACAUAUAUAUCAAUAUAAACUAUUAAACAAACAAUAUUAAGCGAGUAAUUAAUUAGUUGAUUAUAUGUUCGUUUAUUAUCGGUACAGCUAAUUAUGCGUGGACAAGAAGGAUGGGAUAAAAUAUCCAUAGAAGAAACUAAAAAGUUAGUAAAUUCGAUGUAUAAUUGUUUGCGAAAUGUGACAAAAAAUAAAAAUGGUAACUCCAUUUAUGGUUUUCCACCUAAAUCGGCAGUAGAAAGAAUUGAUCAACAAUAGGUAUGCAGAUUAUAGUAUAGAUGCUGGAGAUGUGGUGGAACGACGCAUACGGCCUUGGACUGUAGAAGAGACAUGGAGCGCAUACCUGAAAGAGAGGAAACUCAGAUUAAAAACAAGAAAGGACGAUCAACCAGGGGAAGUUUGGAAACUGAGUCGAUAGUGGAAACAGGGGAUAGAGAGAGAGCGAGCAAGGAAGUCAUGGCAAAGCGGAGAUUACGACGAAAAAGAAGGAGGAAGCAAACGGGUUGCUGAAAAGGUACGGAAAAGGUGAAGGAAAUGUCAAGGCGUUUUUACCGAGAAGGAUGGCGUUUAGAAAAGGGGUCAUCUACGAGUGGGAGGACUCAAUUGAGGAAUUAAGGGAGGAGGCCAUGCCGGGCCAGGGGCAGUAUUGCAUGGAAAGAAUGAAGAAAAGGCGGAUCAUAGAUGGAAAGGUAGUGUUUACACCAUUGAGGACCAUUCUGAUCACUUUUAAGGGAAGUGUGCUUCCCACGCGUCUGCUGAUUGGGCAAGGCCACGUGGGCAUCAAAAUAGAGCCUUAUGUCGAGCAGGUGAAGCAGUGUUACAGAUGCCUUAGAUACGGACACUAUCAGGCGCAGUGUAGGGAGGACGUAAAGAGGUGUGCCAUAUGCAGCGACAAGUACCAUGGACAAUGUGAAAAUAAACCGAGGUGUGUUAAUUGUGGAGGGGAUCAUGGGUCUUUGGCCAGACUUUCCUGGGUGUGGCAGAGAGAGGCGGCCAUUAGAAAAGUAAUGGCUUAUAAAAAUGUAGAAUUUGAGACGGCGAAAGGUAUAGUGGCGAGAUCAACAGGAGACCCGGAAUUAGACAGGACAGGAGGUAUAGAUGACUUUGCAGGCAGUAAUGGAGAUUUCCCUACCCUUGUAGUGAAGGAGAAAAGGGAAACUUGGGAGAAAAAAGAGGCACCUAUCCAGAGGGAGGUGGAAUUGAUAAAGAAAUUGAGGCAAGAGAGGUAUGGAGAUAGAAGUGGUUUGAGGAGGGGAGAAGGAGAAAGGAAGGCUACGUAUAGUGAGGUGAUGAGGGCGAAUGAAGAGAAUCGAGAAGGAGGAAAGCAGAAGGAGCCUGAGCAGGAGGAGGCUAGAGGGAAUGAUGAUAAAGGGGCGAGAAGAAAGGAAGGAGAGGGAUGGAAGCAAGUGAAAAGGGGAUACAAACCAGCAUGUAUCAAUGAGGAGGCGGAUUCUAUUCAAAUGGGAAAUAGAUACUUGUGCCUCGAAUGCAAGAAGAAGACGGAGGAGAUGAAAAGGGAGGGAAAAAUCCAAAUCUUGAAAAGGAUUCCGCGGGAUCGGUAUAUGGUGGGGGAAGAGCCUGAGGGGGAGUGCGAUUAUGAGAAACUAGAGUGGGCAUUGAAUAAGGACGAGAUGGAGAAGGAGAGGAGGAGGGUUCGAAGAGAGAAACAGAUGAAUAGGGAGUGGUUGGUGGAGCUAGAGAAAAGAAAGGAGGAUGAAAUUUUGGAGGAGAUUGAUCUAUUUUUGCAGCGGCGUCAAGAUAGGCCUCUUCAACUUCCGAAAAGAGAUCAUUCUGCACGUAGGUUGACUUUGAUGCCUCUCUGCACCGCAUCAACUGUCGAUGGCCAGAGAAGAAGGAAUCCCAAUACCGCUCCAGUAGGGCUUUCGUUUGAACCAGCACCGAGCGUGUGAUUUUUUCCUUCCCUAAUUUGCAUAAAUUCGUCCAAAACCGUUGGAUCCAACCGGCCAACUCCGUUUGCUCUCGUAGUAGAUCGUCGAAAAGCCACGAAGUCCAAGUCGUGAAGAUUGGCAGGAACCGGCGAUGAGUUGCAGUCUUCGAGCGAUUAUUUCAAGCACUCACGAAAAUUGUCACAAGAAUUGUUCGUGGAAAUCAUCCGGCUCGAAGGACCAAAUGUUGGGGCAAUAUCGCUCUUGACGAAAGUCGCGUAGAGUUGGAUAUUGUUCCCGAGGAAAUAAAAACGAUAGUUUUUUGCCGGACUUCCGACGGAACAAUAAACUUAUAUUUU